GAGGAAUGAUUAGACUGGCGCAUAUUCAUCUCAUGCGUUCGUCUCUGAUUCAUAUUGGUCCAGCUCGACAUCCUGACACGCAAACCGUUUUUAAUAUCCUUUAAACCGAGAGCAGACUUUCAUCAGUUUAGUCGACCGAGGUUUAUCGGGGUUUGAUCAGCGCUAUGGCACAGAUGCAAAGGACAUCGAGUGAGACGAUAACGGAGACGAUAACGGAGACCGUUCAGAUGGGCACACCGCCUCCACCCCAGCAGGAGGGCAGAAGCCUGACCAUCAAGCUCAGGAAAAGGAAGACGGACAAGAAAGUGGAGUGGUCCAGUGACACGGUGGACAAUGAGCAUCUGGGCCGGAGGUCUUCAAAGUGUUGCUGUGUUUACCAGAAGCCUCGACAGUUCGGCGAGUCUUCCUCGGAGAGCGAGGGCGAUGACGAGGAUGGCUGCGGAAGUGCGCACUGCAUUCUGGGACACGGGAGAAGAGGCGAUGGACAGAGGGAGGGUGGAGAGAACACAGCGCCCCCUAGCUCUGGGGGAACAAACCCUCACUAGUAGUUGAGGGCGAGUCGGUUUGGAGGGAAGGGUAACGGACGGCGUGGGCACUACAUUCAUAAUCCCUCACUCACAUCUGAUUAUAUCACACCAUCACUGAGUGUCAAAGGCUUUUUGAUGAAUGAAAGCUUGUAGAGCUUUGCAAUGUGAUUCGUUUUCUCCUCCGUCGUUAGUUUGAUGACCAGGAGAAGACUGUUUUUUUGCGAUCUGAAUGCUGCAGAAAAUUUGUUGUACAUAGGAUAUUGGUUUUUAAUUCUUUUGUUAAAUCUAUAUUUAUUUGUGUGCGUUUAACAACUUGAUCUUAUCAGUUUUGUGUCCACCAUCAAUAUAUUAAUGGAUUAAAAUAUGAUUCAGGAGGGUUAUACCCUUUUUAGUUUGAAUCAAGCGGAUUUUAAAGGAAUAAACACAGUGUAAAAACAGACUUUUCUCUCAAAUAUAAUUUGCCUUGUGUGUCACAAUUUCUUCAUAUCCCUUCGAGCGUAAUAUGUGUUGUGCUGUAGUGAAUUUAAAACAUGACAAGGAUCAGGAACUCAGCCCUUUGGAUAUUUUUUACAAGGGCGCAUUAAACCAUCUCCAUCAGCCGUCGUGAGUUUGAUUGAGCUCUAGUGAGACUCCCCUCAGACAAUCAGACUACAGUCAGAGACUCGGCAUGUGUGUGCAAAGACAUCGAUUUGUUUAUAACUUCGUGAAGUGGACAGAGAAACAUCUGUGAUGCUUGACUUCAUUCUGAAUGCGAGUUGAGAACGUCAGCUUGAAAAUUAUGAAUAUUUGCUAAAAAUGUCCUUCUCUUUAGGCCAACCACGAUGUAGAUGUUCAUCAGAGCAGAUCUGGAGAAAUCUAGCAUUACAUCAGUUGCUCACCAGUGAAUGGGUGCCGUCAGAAUGAGAUUCCAAACAGCUGAUAAAAACAUUAUAAUAAUCCACAAGUAAUCCACACUAUACUCCAGUCCAUCCGUUAACAUCUUGUGAAGUGAAAAGAUUUAUUUUUUUAAAUAAACUUUUUUUUAUUUCAAACUACAGCUUGUUGCUAAAAUAUGAGACCAUAAUCCAUAAUGUUGCUUUCUCCAGUGAAACAGUCAUGUUGUCUGAAUCAGGAGAGAAAUAUGCAUGGUGGAUUUGUUUCCUAGAAAUGUGCAGUUUUUAACUUCUCUAGACAGUAACUGAUGGACUAGGAUGGUGUGGAUUACUUGUGGAUUAUUAUAAUGUUUUUAUCAGCUGUUUGGACUCUCAUUCUGACGGCACCCAUUCACUGCAGAGGAUCCUCUGGUGAGCAGGUGAUGUACUGAUACAUUUCUCCAAAUCUGUUCAGAUGAAGAAACAAACUCAUCUACAUGGAUGACCUGAGAGUGCGUAAAGUUUCAGCAAAUUUUCAUUUCUGGGUGAGCUACUUCUUUAAACAGUGCAAUUGAUCUUAAAAUGUGUAGAUUUAGAAUAUUUUCCUUUCAUUUGCAUGCCUUACACAAAAUACAGGGGCAAUGUUUUGUGUGUGUUAAAGAGGAUCACCCUGAUAUGUGAGGAGUAUGUAAUUUGACUAGAGUUUUAAGGUGUAAACGGAUUAACUGUGGUAUAAAGAGCACGGGAGAGUGCAUGGCCGGAUGCUGGCCAAGACCAAACACCCAUAGCAUCAUCUUUCCAAUGAUGUCACAUACAGUUGAUUCCCUUCAGGACCGUCACUGCAGUCUUCAGCAUCCCAGCAUUCACAUCCAUCUGCCAUCCCUUUACUGUGAAUGCACCUGUAUGUACAUAGCAAUGGUCAUCGAAUGGAUUUAACAUGAAUAAACAAGAUGUUCAAUUGUUGUUUAUAUCUAUUAAAUGCAUAAUGGCAACCUGA